AUGGUGGAGAUGAGGGGAAGAACCAAAAAGGGCUAUCGCAAGAUUCGCGAUUGUGCAGAUCAAGCUAGGAAAGACGGUCUCGGAUUCUUCUGGGUUGACACUUGUUGCAUCGACAAGUCCAGCAGUGCAGAACUCUCAGAAGCUAUCAACUCGAUGUGGAGCUGGUAUCGCAAAAGCGAGAUAUGUUACGCUUACCUGAAUGAUUGCCCAGCAAGAUCUCAAGGCAAAGACAGGUGCCAAACGCUCGCCAGAUCAAAGUGGUUUACCAGAGGUUGGACGCUUCAAGAAUUGCUUGCACCUUCGAAGCUUGUGCUGUACAACGUCGCGUGGAAGGCUAUCGGGACCAAAGACAAAUUAGCGCAAGAUAUUAGUGAGAUCACCGGAAUCGACAAGUACUAUCUUGGGACCGACACGUCAUUACUGGAACGCGCAAGCGUAGCGGAGAGGAUGUCAUGGGCAUCAGCUCGAGAAACCAAGAGGCCAGAGGAUGGUGCAUAUAGUCUUCUUGGUAUCUUCAAUAUCAACAUGCCUUUACUCUACGGAGAAGGAACCAGGGCCUUCCAGAGAUUACAAGAGGAGAUCAUGAAGCAGUCUGAUGAUCAAUCAAUAUUCGCGUGGCGUGCUGGCCGAUCACACAGUGGUGGAGGGCUUCUCGCACAGAUGCCAGCCUCGUUUCGUGCAAGUGGGAAUAUUGUGCGGGCAAUCAACUCGGACGCAACCAAGCCAUAUGCUAUGACAAACAGAGGUCUUCAGAUCGAGCUGCCGCUUCUGAAGCGCAAGGGCGAGAUACUCGCGCGACUCAACUGUCGGAUGGAGCAUGACUUCUUUUCCGACUUGGCGAUCCCGCUUCGUCGCGUAGGCUCCGGGAACCAGUAUGAGAGAGCGAGUGGUGAAGUACAAUCACUGCCGAUCAAUGAGUGGGUGAAAGCAAAAGAGCACUCGAUCUAUAUCAAAACGACAUCUACCGAUGUUGCUGCAAGAUCUGACCCAAAGGAAGGCUCCGUCAUCAUACGAGAACUUCCGUCUGGCUACACUAUCUCGCAGGUAUUUCCUGGACCUUCGUGGCCUCACGGAUCUCGUAUCGUCGGGCGUCUCUAUACUCGAAGAGUAAAGGAAUCGAUCCUCGUCAUGAUAACGUCCGGAAAGUCCCAUUGCGUGGGUGUCAUGAUAUCAGGUCACAGGAAUACAAUCUUUCGCGAUUGGACACCUGAUGCUCGUAUCAUCCCUAUGCCAACUAAUCCAGCACUGGAAACAUCCCAUCUCCACUCUCAUUGGACGACCAAGGACACUUUCACCUUACCUAAAGCUCAAAGAAACGCUUCUGAUGUGUUGUAUCUUCGGGUCGCGAAUAAACUUGUUCGCGGCAAAAAGCUGGUCGUACUCGAUGUCGUCGUUAGCGAUGGCCGCUACUACAUCUUUCAGGAGCUAGCUGAGAAAGUCAUUGCUUUGCUUCGGGCCACAGCAUAUCGGCUCUCUCGAGUCCUAUGGUGGCUGCUUGGUACAGAUGACCACAGAUCCAGAACGAUCACGACUCUCUACUGUAUCUUAGACAUAGCCUGCUGGGGUCAAUUGUAUGCGGUUCUGUGGCUCACAUGGGAUCCUGAGCUUGCAGCGCCUGUACAGGGUGCCCUGGGGGCAGUCGCUAUGCUGCUUUACGCCAUGAGGAAGCAAAUUCUCAUCAUGAUGGGGUGCGCAACAUCAGCUUCUUUUGCCAGACUGCCAUCGUCUACACGGCGCAUUACGAGAAGCUGA